UUACUAGUACUACAUUUCUUCUUCAUAAGACAUUUCUCCUCAUCUUCCUUUCAUACGAGAAAAAUAUACUGUUUUCCUCCUCAGCACAAAGAAUUCCAUUUUCUGUAAGUUCAGAUCAAUCAUGGGUGGUGACAAAACUGAAAAGGUGAUAAUGGUACUCAAGAUUGAUUUUCAGUGCUCCUGCUGCUAUAAGAAGGUCGAAAAAGUUCUCUGUAAAUUCCCUCAAAUUAGAGACGAGGUAUAUGAUGAGAAGGCUAAUACAGUGACAAUCACUGUGGUAUGCUGCGAUCCUGAGAGAUUUCGUGACAAAUUGUGUAGUAAAGGAUGUGGAGUAAUUAAGAGCAUUGAAAUCAAAGACCCUCCAAAGCCCAAAGAUCCUGAAAAGCCUACGGUUGUCAUCAUUAUAAAAACAGAGGUAAAAACAGAGCCAACAAUGGUUCAACAAUACCCUCCACGAGGAUAUUGUUGUGGACAAUGCUCCGAGGGUCAUAUCGGGGGCCCAUGUUAUGAAUGGUACGGAAGACCGGUCCCAUGUUACGAUAACUAUGGGCCUUGGCCUUGGCCUGGGCAGUAUGUCUAUGGAAGAUGUGACCAUUAAAAAAUGAGUUGAAUAAUAGAAAAUUUAAAAUUAAGUUGAAUAUAAAUAAAAAUUAUAUUAUUCAUUUAGAAAAUAGAUAAUCAAUGAAUAAAUAAUGUGUUUAACUUUUAUAUUUGUAAAGAUUCAAAUGGGGAUUUUUCAUGUUUGGGAGACUAAGAAUUCUUCAAAAGUGAUCAUAUUCAAUAAGGCAUGUUAUCCGUCGGAAAAUCCGUUUUUAUCCAUUUCAAAUACAUAUUGGGUCGAAUAAUUUAUCCAUUUUUUAAA